CUUUUCAGUUUGUAAAAUCGCCUCGAACGGUUCGGAAAUAGUGCGCGCGAAGAGAACGGACGGCCAACUCCCCGGAAAGAAAGAAAAUUAGAGGAAGGAGGCGGCCCCCCACCCCAACAAAAAAAAAAAAAAAAAGAAACCGAGUGUAGUGUAGUAGUGUAUAAUAGUCCUCCGUUUAGUUCGCCCUUUUUUUAAAUCCAAAAACCUGCAAUUUCAAAAAACCCAAUACAACGAUUUUCCUGCAUUUUCCCGUUUUCCUGUUGGUUUUCCCAAAAAAUCGGAACUAUGUUUAUGGGCAGAGCGCAACGAGGCCGCAGGAUGAGAGAAUAGCGCCAUGUUGUCCAAUCCAGCCCCAACAUAGUGAGUAGUCCAAUUGCAAAGAUGUUUUGGGUUUGUCCCUAACAUCUGGUCAAACAUUUUCAAGUGGGAGUCCGCGAACUUGAGACCUGAUCUGGGGAUCCAGAGGGUGCCGAAAAGUGGAUCGGAGGAAGUGACUGGACAGGAGAGUGUGGUGCCUUGGAGGAGGCACUGAGACACUGAGGCACUGAGAACUUGAAAAGUCGUGGACAAGGACAACGAAAAGCAUUCAGCCAUGAAUCUGAUAAAUAUGGACUCGGAAAAUCGGGUGGUGCUCAAUGUGGGUGGCAUUCGGCACGAAACCUACAAGGCCACACUGAAAAAAAUUCCGGCAACGCGAUUAUCGCGACUGACCGAAGCCCUGGCCAAUUAUGAUCCGAUAUUGAAUGAGUACUUCUUUGAUCGUCAUCCGGGCGUCUUCGCACAAGUGCUCAACUAUUACAGAACCGGUAAACUGCAUUAUCCCACAGAUGUUUGUGGACCGCUGUUCGAAGAGGAAUUGGAGUUUUGGGGCCUAGAUUCGAACCAAGUGGAGCCCUGCUGUUGGAUGACCUAUACACAGCAUCGCGACACACAGGAAACCCUUGCCGUGCUGGAUCGUCUCGAUCUGGAUACGGAAAAACCGUCCGAAGAAGAAUUGGCACGCAAAUUUGGCUUCGAGGAGGACUACUACAAAGGCACCAUAUCCUGGUGGCAGGAGAUGAAGCCGCGCAUUUGGUCCUUGUUCGACGAGCCCUACAGUUCCAAUGCCGCCAAGACCAUUGGCGUGGUUUCGGUGUUCUUCAUCUGCAUUUCGAUCCUGUCGUUCUGCCUGAAGACCCAUCCCGAUAUGCGAGUGCCCUAUGUCCGGAAUAUUACAGUGAAAACUGCGAAUGGAAGUAAUGGCUGGUUUUUGGACAAAACCCAGACCAAUGCGCACAUAGCCUUCUUCUAUAUCGAAUGCGUAUGCAAUGCGUGGUUUACCUUUGAAAUAUUGGUGCGCUUUAUCUCAUCGCCGAACAAGUGUGAAUUCAUCAAGUCAUCUGUUAACAUCAUAGAUUACAUAGCGACGCUUAGUUUUUAUAUCGAUCUAGUGCUUCAGCGAUUCGCGUCGCAUUUGGAGAACGCCGACAUCCUCGAGUUCUUCUCGAUCAUCAGGAUAAUGCGACUGUUCAAGCUGACGCGCCAUUCGUCUGGGCUGAAGAUCCUGAUCCAGACGUUUAGGGCCUCGGCCAAGGAGCUGACCCUGCUGGUGUUCUUCCUCGUCCUGGGCAUCGUGAUCUUCGCCAGCCUCGUCUACUACGCAGAACGGAUCCAGCCGAACCCGCACAACGACUUCAACAGUAUACCAUUGGGCCUGUGGUGGGCCCUGGUCACCAUGACCACGGUGGGCUACGGCGACAUGGCCCCCAAAACCUACAUCGGUAUGUUCGUGGGCGCCCUCUGCGCCCUCGCCGGCGUACUAACCAUCGCACUGCCAGUGCCCGUCAUCGUCAGCAACUUCGCCAUGUACUACUCGCACACGCAGGCCAGGGCCAAACUGCCAAAGAAGCGGAGACGAGUGCUUCCCGUCGAGCAGCCGCGACAGCCACGUCUGCCAGGUGCCCCUGGCGGUGUGAGUGGCUGUGGCACCCCGGGCUCGGGUCCCCAUUCCGGUCCCAUGGGAUCCGGCGGAACUGGACCACGUCGCAUGAACAAUAAAACCAAGGACCUGGUCAGCCCCAAGUCAGUUGCUCAACUUUUCGCAGGUCCGCUGGGCGCUAGUAUUGUGGCCAUGAGCCCCAGGACAAUGCUGGAUCUGAAUCCUGCCCUGGCGAUGGGCAAACCCUCGUUUCAGCCCCGCAUACCCACGCCCCUGGCAGCCACGCCCCCACCGCCACCCAGUUCUGGUGGGUUGGCAACAUCUACAACUGCUGCUGGUGCCCCACCACCAGCCAUAUCAACACCACCGGCCAAUGUGGUGGUGCCCAGCAUUGCCGUCUCAACCACAGCGAGUGUGGGCAAGGAUUCGGGCAUCUCCACCACCACAACCACAAAUGCGGCCCAGGAAACCAGCAAGAAGGCAUUUCUCUAAAACAAAAAUAUGGGAAGGCAGCCAAGAGACUCAAGCCACCUGAUAUCUACACCCAGAAUAUACCCAAAAACCAAAAUGACCUUAAGUGUAUUGAAAUUAUCUACUUUUGUUAGGGAAUAAUGACCUAAAAAGUGUUAAACUAACCUGAAAUUGGCUAAAAUUGAAAACAUUUUUAUUCAUACUCAAAAUGCAGAUAAUCGACGAUUUAUGGCUAGUUUUUAUAAACUAUUAUAGAAUCAUUUACUGUGAAAUCUUCCAAAGUGAUUUUAAAGGAUGAAGCUUUCAUUAUCCUUUAAAAAGGUAUUUUAAAUUUCAUUUUGUUUUUUUGCUUUUAAGCAUUCCGAUAUAUUAAAAGAAAAGGUUUGUUUUUGAGAAAUUUACUACUACUAUUUUGACUACUUUAGUACUACACAACUAUUAUUUUGACCGCAGCUGUAUGUUUUUAGCGCCUUCUUAGUAUAUGUUUUCCAAAGUCUAGUCCAUUCUGAUACUUUCUAGGUCAUUAUUCCUAAAAUGUGGUUAGUUUUGAUACUUCUUAGGUCACUUUGAUUUUUUUUCUGAGUGUACACACAUGUUUCCCAUAUCCCCCCCAAUAAGCAAUAUCCAUUCGAAUAUCAUAGCCUUCGCAUACGUAUUCGCUAAGGACGAGGAAGAAGUGUUUCAGAGUUGGCAAUGGAAUCACUUAUCAUUGAUCAUAGAUCGUCCUUGUUUCGAUCAUAUCACUUAACUGUUUUACAAAACCUAAAUACUCAUAAUAACAAAAUGAAUAUCAUAUAUUCACAAAUAUCAAAAUUUCAAUUGUGAUGCUAUUUAUUGUUAGAACUAUUAUUUGAUUGUCAGAAGAGUAAGAUUUAAUAGUUAACUAAAAAGCUGACUUGUAUUAUAAAUUAGUUUAUUAUUUGUAAACACUUAAACAUAUACAUUGAUGUCAAAUCAGAGAUGAGAAGACAAAGAUCCAGCAAUAAACCAUUCUGAAAAGUACAUAAGUUCAGAAACUACAGCUAUAUUAUUUAUAUAUUAUAUUAAUUACUUUAUUAUAUUAUAACAACGAUCCAUCCAUCUCGGAUCGAUUGAAAUAAAUAGACUCGCUACUUUUGUUCACCAUAUCACGACAUACCUAUCAAUAUCGAACCUAAACGUAACCUUAGCUAAAUAUAGAUAAUCCAAUUGCUUGACGACAACAUUUUACCAUCGAGAGCUAACCAAGACAGAGAAAAGCAACGUUUUUAACCAUACCAAGUGUUUUUACCGAAUGCAAGCUUAAUAACGAUCCAUUUUUUACAUAAGCCAUAGAUAUUGAAAAUCGUCGAGGAGUGUAUAUAAAACCUAGAAGCUUUUUUAACUCGGUUUGCCAGUUCCUUAUGCGUUGUGUAAAAAGACUCGUCUGCCCCAAUUCUCGUGGGGCAGUUCGGUUUGAAAGCUUUAUUUCGAUAUAUUUGUAAACAAAAUUAAAGAGGAGACUCCAAAUCAAACUCGAUUAGAGAAGCUUAACUAAACAGGAACCAAAGAUAAAGUACAUACUAUAUACUGUUUAAAAUUCAUUCAAGCCAGGCGCACGUGUUGACUUUAACUUUUUUCCAAACUAAAAAUACGAAAGGUGCUGAUUUUUGCCCAACGAAAGACGCAAAAGUUUUCCGGGUGAAACUUGAAGCCCAAGAAAAACAAACGAAAUUUCCCAACUGUUGGCACAUUUCGCUCAUCACUCACUUACAUGCUGGGAUUACUCGGUAAGCUGGAAAAGAAUUUAUGCCAACCUGAAAAGUUGCCCCACAUAUCAACAGAACGAGUAACUUUAACCAAAAUUUCAAUUUCAACCAGUUAAUAUGCAAAUUACUUCUAUACCCUCCCACGAGUAAAUUCAAAACAAACAAAGAAUUCAGAAGCGGCAGGGAAUUCCUUACAGUUCCGUUCAGUUAACUUGAAUUUGUUGAAAAAGUUUACAAAUUGCUGAGGGGUUAACCCCAAAAAACAAAACAAAAAAACAAAACUCACUGGUGUUCGCGUGGUUCAAAAAACAAACAGGUUUGCAAAUUGUUUUCCCCGAUUUUCCUUUGAUUUCACUUGCGAAAGUCAUUAGCUAAUUCUCUUGUACAUUUUGAAUAUACAUACAUAUAUAUAUCUCUCAGCAAGCAUUUUGCCUACAUAUUUGUAAGAAUAAACAUGAUAAUUAUUAAGAACAAACAAAGGAACAAAAACAAGCAAAAUAAUAGGAGGCAAAACUUAAGCAACAAUAAGAUCGAAGAUGGGCAACAAAUAAACGAAGUUUCAAAACAUUUGUUAAGUUUUUACAAUGAACAAAGCAUUAAUAAUAACUAAAUUAAUAUUAAAUAAUUGCAAGCUAUAGGAAAUGGAUAUAAACAAUUGUUUAUAUCGUUUUCUUUUUCUCGCUAUGAUUUUGAAACCGUUUUGUAACUGUAUAGUUAAGCAAAUUGUAUACUAUUUGAACUAAACAAAACAAAUUGUUCUCUCAAUAAUUCAUGAAAAAAGA